UUGAAGAAAGGCUAUACUUUGAAGCUGGAAAAGCCGAUGUUGUAAUGGCAGUAUCAUUGCUGGAAAUUGUUAUAUGUUUUCUAUUAACACAAGAAUUGCUGGCUGUCACUAAUGAGGACCGUUUGAUUACGUCACUCGUUAAUAUCACGCGAUAUUCACCUAAGUAUCGCCCUGUACUCAACACCAGUGAGCCUGUCAUGGUGCAACAUGGUCUGAUCCUCAGGAUGAUUGCUAAUGUGGACGAGAAGAAUAUGGUUUUGUCAACAAUUGUAAGAAUGCACAUGGGAUGGCAAGACAAGCACUUAACAUGGGACCCAGCGACCUAUGGAGGGUUAAGACAAGUACAUCUGGAUGCAAACGACAUAUGGACACCACCACUAAUACUCUACAAUAAUGCUGAUGGACCUCUUGAAUACUCCAAGGUACGUGCCCUCGUAAAGCAUGAUGGGAAUGUCACGUGGUUGGUUGCCACGAUGAUCAAGAGCUCCUGUAAUAUCGAUGUCAAGCAUUUUCCAUUUGAUGAGCAGCUUUGUAAGUUAACAUUUGGUUCCUGGAGCCAUGACGUCACAAAGCUGAACAUCCAAUCACUGCAAAGCACAGUAGGCACAUCAAGAUACUUGACCAAUGGCGAGUGGACUUUGAAGAGCACAAGAGCAGAGAGGACACAGGUAUCCCACAUCUGCUGCAAGCACGAUGUGGCCAGGAUAACGUAUACUAUUCGCAUCAAGAGAAAAACGCUUUUUUACAUGACCAACUUCAUCCUUCCAUGUGCAAUCAUUGCUUUCCUAACAUUACUGGUCUUUCUAACCCCUGUGGAAACUGGCGAACGUAUGGCGGUAGGAGUGACUAUUCUCCUUGCCCUAGCAGUGUUCUUCCUCAUGCUCGAAGCUACGAUGCCCAAAUCCAACGACCUACCCUUGCUUGCUAAAUACUACUGCUGUACCGUUAUUGAGAUUGUGUGUGGGCUUGUGGCAAUGAGUUGGAUCUUAAGACUUGUACAUCAUAGCCCUGAGCCACUCUAUCAUUGGAUAAAGAGAGUCGUCCUUGGAUAUGUUGCUCGGUUUUUACUUUACGACACUGGACAUUUCGCAAAGCCAAACAAAAUCAAAGUACAGGAAAAAACGAAUGAUGACAAUCAUGGAAGACUAGAAAUAAAAUAUGCAACCAAAUGGACAAGAAAACUCAAGAACAAAAAUACAAUGCCCGAUCCAGUUGCUGCAGAGAAUAAAACGCUAAAAAUCCUGACCCAAAACAUUAAGGAAGAAGAGAAGACAGAAGGGAUCAAAGAACAAUGGCAGCUGGUGGCUAACGUCAUGAACAGGCUUUUUACCUGUUUGUUCCUGCUUGCUGCUGUUGUAACGCUAUUGGCUGUUUUCACAAAUCAUUAACUAUCACAUAUUAAUUGACCAAUAGAAUGGUUUAAAGAAUGCGAUGAUGUAUAUACCAGUCCCUCUCAACAAAGAGAAAAGAGGAAAACUAAAACAAUUUAAAUUAUGACACAUGACACAUUGAAAGAAACACGAAAGA